GCAGUCACAACCACAGCAAGGUCACGCAACAUUCCUCCGGUACUCUUUAAGCAGGUCAUGAUGCCGGGAAGGGUAAACCACCGCAGCAUACAGACACCACAGCAAAUACAGCCUCGUCCAAGCACCACAGCACGCAGGAUGGCACAACGCACACCACACGUGCCACAGAAGCAGCUUAAGUUAAGAUACACAGCACACGGGACCAACAAGGACCACCAGACCGCCAGCAGACCUUUCAGCAUUGGGCGGUCUACAGCUGUGGCCAUCCCAGUGGAAAAAACUGUGGUGAAGACUGACACACAUGAAGUCCAACCAAACCCUUCCAUGUCCACCUCGAUAACAGAAAACGGACAACACAUUAGCAGGCCUUUCUCACCAUCAAAUGAGGACACCAAAACAAGCAGUCCUUUCACGGUCAUAUCCUUCUCUGCCUCUAAGGAACCCACAAGGCAUCCGUUUGCUACCACAGUGUCCAGGGGGAUGCAAGCACACCACAUCAUUCCAGCCACACCUCUGCCAACCACAGCACAAAGCCACACUAAGCAGAAUGAAGAGAACACUGAGAAUGGAGAAGAAACAAGGGCAAAAUUAGAGAUGAGUUCAAACAAGAGGCAAGAUGAGGAACAAGAGGAGGAUGAAGUGGUGGAGAUAAGAAAAGGAGGUAAGGAAAUGGUGGACAGUAAGGAAGAGGUGAGGGAAGACAAAACAUGGAACAAGAAGACUGAUGCAAGCAAACUACCAACACCAGUUAUCGGUGAAUCGCCACAAACAACAACAACAACACCAAGCAAAAAGUUAAGUUCCAUUCAGCGAAUAAGAAACUUCAUGGCAAGGAAGAGAGCACAGAUGCGAGCCACCACCACCACCGCCACCACCACCACUGCCACCACCACCACACCUGCUCCCACCACCACCACCACCACAGGAGCAACACCACAGCACACCACAAGGAGAAAAACAAAUGCUCGUAGAUUUCCAGCUACAUCCAACCGGCCUUUGACAUUCUACCAAAGAAAACCCACCACAACACCACACACCACCACACUGUCACCCACCACAGCACCACACACCACCACACUGAACGCCUCACGCCACAAAUCGCAUGACAGCUUUCCCGAGUCCUCACAAAUCCUACGCACUGAAGAAAGUCUCCUUCAGAAUUUCCCUGACAUGACGGACUUAAAGGACUUCCUGCAUUGGGAGUCCACGCGGCUCAGACCAGAACAGGACUCCAGCAAUGAGGACCUUAUUCCCGAGGGCACUAGUGUAUCCUUCGUGUCCGUGGUGCCUCCUGGUGGGGUACGGCAAGUCCUUCAGCCACGUAUGGUUAAGGAUACUCAAGAAAAGGUCCUUGUGUCCCCUACCUAUGCCUCUGUAGGAUGGAGCACCCCUUACAAGACAGUGGACCGAGAGAAGACAAGCAAGGAGAGACUAAUAGACCAACAGACAGACAGACAGACCGACGCAGCUACCACCUAUCCCUCCUAGGCCAACAGACACCAGGCAAGGAAGAUACAAGAGCCUCCUUCUCUCCCCCUCACCUCUCCAUCACUCACGAAAUACCAGGAACUUAGUGUGCGUGCGUGUGUGUGUGUGUUAUUGUUACUGUUAUUGUAUGCAGUUUGUGUGUGUUAUUGUUAAAUUGGAAUAAUGCCCAUUUUCUAUGAUGAUAAGUCACUAUCUUUGUCUUUCACUUUGUCUUCUUUCCCUAGCCUACUUCAGCACCUUUACCUUCUUACUUCAGUCAUUUUAUCUCUUAGCUAACCCCUCAUUCCCCUCAUAUAUGUCCCUUUAGCCAAGUACUGU